AUGGAUUCUUGGGAGCACAAGAUGCCUUCGUGGGACCUCAGCACGGUGGUCGCGCCGAGCGGCGGCGGGGGAGGAGGAGGCGGCGGCGCGCUGGACCUGAAGCUCGGCGCGCCGACGAGCUGGAGGCCGGUCCCGGCGGCGGCGGUGGCAUCGGUGCAGCAGCAGCAGCAGCCGCCGCCGCCUUCCGCGGCGCCGGCGCCGGCGAAGCGGGCCAGGGCGGGGCAGGGGCAGCAGACGGUGCCGCCGUGCUCCGUGGAGGGGUGCACGGCCGACCUGUCCCGGUGCCGCGAGUACCACCGCCGGCACAAGGUCUGCGAGGCGCACUCCAAGACGCCCGUCGUCGCCGUCGCCGGCCAGCAGCAGCGCUUCUGCCAGCAGUGCAGCAGGUUCCAUUUGCUCGGGGAGUUCGACGAGGUGAAGAGGAGCUGCAGGAAGCGGCUCGACGGCCACAACCGCCGCCGUCGGAAGCCGCAGCCGGAUCCCCUCAACCCUGCCGGCUUGUUCGCUAAUCACCACGGUACUCCCCGAUUUGCGUCGUACCCGCAAAUCUUCUCCCCGACGUCCAUGGCGGAGCCCAAGUGGCCCGGCGGCAUCGCCGUGAAGACGGAGGCCGACGCGUUCCACGAGCAGUACUACUCCUUCAGCGGCGCCGCCUCCCUCUUCCACCACGGCAAGCCGGAGAGGAAGCACUUCCCCUUCCUGACCGACGGCGGCGGCGAGGCCGCGUUCGGCUGCCAGCCGCCGGCCUUCACCAUCACCCCUUCCUCGGAGAGCAGCAGCAACAGCAGCCGGCACAGCAACGGCAAGACCACCAUGUUCGCCCACGACGGGGGCCCGGACCACAACUGUGCUCUCUCUCUUCUGUCAGACAGCCCGGCGCCGGCGCACAUCAUGGUCCCCGCGGAGGCGCAUCAUCUCGGCGGCGGCGGCGUGACGAUACAGUACGGCGGUGGAGGCGGCGGCAAGGUGGCGCGGCUGUCCAGCAACGGCGACGUCUCGCUCACCGGGCUGUCUUACGUGAGCCUGGGAGACAAGGGCGCGGCCAUGUUGCACGCGUCUAACAGAUCACAGCACGCCGCUGCUACCGCUACCACUGCCGUCACUACCAGCACAGCGGCGGCUCCGGCUGCAUCCCAGCUCCAGCAGCAGUACCAUGGAUACUACCACCACCAACACCAAGUGAGCGCCGAUCAGGGGAACCACCCGGACGCAGGUGGGAUGCACGCCCUACCCUUCUCGUCAUGGUAG